AUGACGUCGACAGAUCAGGCCAUUCUCGAAAGCAGACUUGCAGGGCUGAUCUUCCUGGGGACUCCUUCUUGCUUCACCUCAGACUCCAACAACAAGAUGUACCGCAACAUCAGCUCCCGGUGCUUACCUGCCUGUGAGGUGACAUGCCCAGAGCCAUGUGCCUACAGCUGCAGCCUUGAGCCCUGUGUUGCAUCGUGUGGGGACUCCAGAGCUGUGGUGUUUGCCCCGCCGGUCGUCCUCACCUUCCCAGGCCCAAUUCUCAGCAGCUGCCCACAGGAAAGCAUUGUGGGAACAUCACUUCCCAGGAUGUAUGGUGCUUUGACCCCAUACAGCUCUGGGACCUCCUAUGGGAUGGGGGGCUCCUUUGGUUCUGGGGGCAUGUCAGGAAUGGGGGGUUCCUUUGGAUCGGGGGGCUCCUUUGGGUAUGGAG